CAGCAGAUUGGUAUUUUAAGAGUCUUAGAGUUAUGGUGUAUAUAAACCUUGAUUUCAUCAUGUGUCAUUUAAUGACAGGUAUGUUUUGAGAAAUGUGUACUUGUGGGAGUAUCAUAGAAUGUACUCACACAAACCUACAUGGUAUAGCCUACUUCACACCUAGGCUAUAUGGUAUAUAGCUUAUUAAUCCUGGGCUACAUCCCUGUUCAGCAUGUUACUGUACUGAAUACUGUGCCUAAACACACCUAAACUUAGAAAAGGUACAGUAAAAAAUACGGUAUUAUAAUCUUAUGGGACCACAGUUGUAUAUUCGAUGUUUUGUUGACUGAAAUGUCAUGUGAUGCAUGACUAUCACUUAGGAAGGGAAAUCCUAUCACAUGUAAUAAUCUAAUUCCAGCACGCCCGAUCUCACAUUUCAAAGUGGACCUCAAGUGCAUGAGUCCUGAAGUUCUUGCUGUGGUGCGAUGAAUUUUUUACAUCCCAGAGCACAGUGUUUAGUGUAGACAUUUAGUAAAUACUUGUUGGCCUGUGCGCGCUUUCCUGGUAGGCGCUUCGUGAAAGUUCGGCUAUGUCCUACUCAUCUGUGUAUACCUGUUAUCGUGUGUAGUGGGUACUCUUUAAAUGCUUAUGAUCUUGUAGGGCUUAAUCUAAUUUUUGAAGGUAGCAGAGUGCCUGGAAGUCCUGAAUCAUGAUAUAGUAAACUUGAAAUAACUCAGUUCCUUUUUUUGUGUUGAACCAGGUAUGCUGUUAGGUUGAAUUCCAAUAUUGAAAGAGGUAGCAGGUGUCAGAUACUUUAGAAAAAUUGGGGGAAGAAACUUCACACUGCGAAUUUUGUUCUGUAACUUAGGUUAGUCACUCUGAUAUUGGGAAAGAACAUUAUUUUAGUAAUAGAACACCUUAGGUGAGGUAAAAUAAUACAAUGUUUCCAUGAGAGCAAAGUGUGACAACCUGAAUUGAGUGACCCUCUGACUGUUACCAUAGGCCACGUUUUACAAUUUUGGUUUUAUUUUAUAAGGAUAUGUUUUUCAGCAUAUAGACCUUUGUAAGGAACGUAACUUUACUUCAGAGUUCGGACUACCUUGGCAAAUUGUCCCAAAUGAUAUUUUAAAUAGUUUUAGGUUGUAUUUGAUAUGUUAUGCUUCUUGUUGGUAUUACAUGAAGAACACUGUGUAUUCUUUUACUUGUAUUCUUACCUCUUCUUUUUUUUAAUAUCAGAAUAAUAGCAUGUUUUUUAUUUUUAUUUUUUUUUGAGGCAGAGUCACACUCUGUCACCCGGGCUGGAUUGCAAUGGUGUGAUAGCAGCUCACUGCAGCCUCCGCCUCCCUGGUUCAAGUGGUUUCCUGCCUCAGCCUCCUGAGUAGCUGGGAUUACAGGAAUGCGCCACCAUGCCUAGGUAUCUCUGCAUUAGCCAGAUUGGACAUAUGUAAAGGGACAUCAGUAUAUCUGGAUCAUCAGAUUGUGCUUCAAGAAGACCAUAGGGAAGAACGCAUUUUCAUCUUGCUGCAAAAGUUGCAAUAGAAGAUCUGAAGAUUUGAAUGGGCCAAUGAGUAUCCUCAUCAUUGAAGCAUUCUAUGGAGGCUCCCAUAAACAGCUGGUGGAUCUUCUUCAAGAAGAGUUAGGAGACUGUGUCGUUUAUACCCUUCCUGCAAAGAAAUGGCAUUGGAGAGCCCGGACAUCUGCUUUAUAUUUCUCUCAGACCAUUCCCAUCAGUGAGCAUUACAGGACCCUCUUUGCAAGUUCAGUGCUUAACCUGACCGAACUGGCUGCCCUUCGGCCUGACCUUGGGAAACUGAAAAAGAUUCUGUAUUUUCACGAGAACCAGUUGAUAUAUCCUGUCAAGAAAUGUCAGGAGAGGGAUUUCCAAUAUGGAUACAACCAAAUUCUUUCAUGCCUGGUGGCUGAUGUGGUUGUAUUCAACUCAGUUUUUAAUAUGGAAUCAUUUCUCACUUCCAUUGGAAAAUUUAUGAAGCUGAUUCCUGAUCACAGACCCAAGGAUCUGGAAAGCAUCAUCAGACCCAAGUGCCAAGUUAUUUACUUUCCCAUCAGGUUUCCUGAUGUGAGCAGCACCUCUACCAGAGUUGGAACUGGGAAAGAGAAAGGAAGUGUUCAGACAUGUGCCUAUUUGCAUAGUCACGUCAUUGAAUUAAUGCCAGGACAGCACAAACAUUCUGUCCAGUUCUAUAGAAAAGCCAGUUUCACCCCAUCAGUAAGAUUCAUGCCCAAGCACAAAACAACCCAUUUAAAGAAGAUGCUCGGCCUUAAAGGAAAUGGCGGUGCGGUUCUGUCCAUGGCCCUUCCUUUUCAGCCAGAGCAGAGAGAUUCAGAGGAUUUAUUGAAGAAUGUUAAUUCAGAGUGUGAUACACACUGUGGCCUUGAUACUGCACGACAAGAAUAUGUGGGUAACUCAUUAAGACAGGAAUCAGACUUGAAAAAGUCCACCUCGUCAGAUAAUUCAAGCUGUCAUCAUGGUGAAAAUAAACAAAAUCUGACUGUUGAUCCCUGUGACAUUUUGGGUGGAGUUGAUAAUCAGCAAAGACUGCUACACAUUGUCUGGCCUCACAGGUGGGAGCAUGAUAAAGAUCCAGAAAGCUUUUUUAAGGUAUUAAUGCAUCUUAAAGACUUAGGACUCAAUUUCCACGUGUCUAUACUUGGAGAAACCUUCAGAGAUGUCCCAGAUGUUUUUUCAGAGGCCAAAAAGGCAUUGGGAUCUUCUGUCUUACACUGGGGCUACUUACCCAGCAAAGAUGACUAUUUCCAAGUACUGUGCAUGGCUGAUGUUGUCAUCUCAACAGCUAAGCAUGAAUUCUUUGGAGUGGCAAUGUUGGAAGCUGUGUACUGUGGGUGUUACCCACUUUGUCCUAAAGAUUUGGUUUAUCCCGAAAUAUUUCCAGCUGAAUAUCUGUAUUCUACACCUGAACAGCUUUCAAAAAGGCUCCAGAAUUUCUGCAAGAGACCAGAUAUUAUAAGAAAACAUCUCUAUAAGGGUGAAAUCGCUCCGUUUUCUUGGGCAGCCCUACAUGGUAAAUUCAGGUCUCUGCUUACAACAGAACCUAGGGAAGAUUUGUGACAGAUGGGGCUAAGUCACAAACUUGCAGCCUAAGGCAGAAUCUGAAGAACUUUCCAGAGUGUGCCCAUAUUUACCUGAUCAGAGAGAAAAGAAAAUCUGCAGAGGAAGCUGAGCCUGGCUGCUUGUCAUAGCUGACACAGAGCCAUCUGCCACAAACCUGUGGCGGCUUCAGAUCUCCAAUCCCUGCCACCACCCCAACUCAAAUUAAAUACAGAUUCCUAGAGACGUUAUGAUGGUUACACAUGUCCUCGGCAUCACAUGUAGGAGACUGUUCAAAAAAAAUAUGUGGCCUGUUGUAUAACCGCACUCAUGUAUCCCAUAUGUGGUGCCACAUUGAAUUUCCGGUUGAAUCCGUUUUUAUCCUUUGUACUGGAUGACAUGGUGCCUGAAUUCUUUCUUUUCGCCGACACGAUGGCAGCCAAACUGCAGCUUCAAACGCUCACACUUGGCUGGGUUUCUACCUAGGUUGCCAGGUUAUCAUCGGAGCCUUCUUGUGUCCUCAAAGGGCCACGAGGCCUGAAAGGAGGAUCAGAAUGCUUUGGGAUUAAUUGGGCAGCCAUCGCAGAAUUGUUUGUGGGCAAAGGGCUGCUUUAGCACUUUUCUUUUAGCAAAUUAAUGGCUCUCAGGCACAGGGGGUUUUAAGUGAAGGUAUUAAUAAGAGGUCUGGCAGGUAUUCCCAUGAUUCACAGAGUUACAUUUGCAUUUAAUUAAUCUUAAAGAAAGUUGCAAGAUAAACAGCUGUAAUUCGGACAAACAUGACAAACACAGUGAAGCCAACUAUCCCAUAAAAUGAACACUGACAUACUUGUUUUAAUUUUUUUCCCAGCGUAGAAAUAGAAAAAUCAAAAUACUCCUAACAAAACCAGUAAUUUUGAUAGAAAUAUUUCUCCAACAUACUUGCAUCCACCUACAAAUAUAACCUUUUCAAGAUAAAUCACUUAUGAUUCCAAUAGUCAAACUGCUGUGUUUGUUGAUGUAAAGAUGUUUUGAAUGGCUAGAUGGUAAAAUAAAUUUUUAAUUAAGUACCUACUGCAA